GGUGAGGGUGGGGGAGAGGACGGCGCGGCGGAAAGGGCGAAGGGUGUGAGGGUUAGUGGUGGACGGAAUUUGAGGUACACACUCGCGACAAUGAGAAGGUUUGUCUUUCGCACCGGUAUGAGGCUGCAGGUUAGGGAGGCGCGAAGGGGCGAGGAGGAGGAGGUAUGGGCGGAUGAGAAUGUUACGGUUAGGACGCUGCAUAUCGCGCCUGACACGGCGGGGGUGGAGGAGCUGGAGGAGGACGGGGAGGGGAAGAGGAUGUUCCUCAAGAAGGUGGUGGAUGAUAUGUUUUGCUCCGAUUGGAGUAUGGACACCAUGAUCGACUCGGGGGACGUUGGGGCGGUGGGAGAGGCAGAGGCGCAGGCGGGAAGGAACCCGCAGCUAUCCACGAAGCUCCCGCCGAAGGGCAAGACGCGAGCGCCAUGGCCCGCCUCGACGGUCAAGACGCUGCCCGAGACGACACCGAAUACAGUCGCGCUGAGCUAUCUCGUGCGAUUGCAUGAACAGCGGGGGAAGUUCCUGCCUGCGCUUGCCAGGAAGCUGGGAGUGAAGCCGGGUCCGGAUUUCAGCAAGCUCACCAGUGGGAAGAGUGUUACGACCGCGGAGGGGAAAGUGGUAAAUCCCGAGGAUGUGAUGGAGCCGUCAAGAGAAGGGACGGGGAUCGCGGUGUGUGAUGUUCCAGGCGCCGAGUAUCUGGAGGGCUUUGUGGCGGAUAAGGCGUGGGAGGAUGCGCAGUGGGUUGGGUGCUUCUUCUGGUUGGUCGAGGGCGGUGUCGUCGACGAUCCAAGGUUUCUGCACUUCGUCGAGAGAUUCCCGAAGGCGAGACAUAUCGUUUCGUCGAGGGAUGUGUGUGCGGACCAGAUCUACUUCAAGGCCGCGGCGAAGUCGGCGGUGCUGCUCAAUUCCCUCGAUCCUGAGAUCUUCCCCGAGCCGAAGCUCGAUUCCACGCCGAGACGGAGCAUAGACACCACCCGCUUCACCAUCGCCGCUCCCGGCAUGCAAUGGCAGAUCGAGCCGAAAUGGCAGCUCCGGGAAGACACAGUGGAACCACUGUUCAGUCGGCAAGAGAUCGUCGACUCGGAAAGCUACAGGGCACUCUCGAUGGUCGCGCAAGAGUACCGACGACUUCUCCCCUCGAUCGCACCACUAGACAUUCCCGGCAGCUCGUUCGAGAUCUUCCCACUGGGAACCGGCUCGUCGACUCCGUCGCGGCACCGCAAUGUCUCGGCCACGCUCGUCCACACGCCACCUCACGGGUACAUGCUCCUCGACUGCGGCGAAGGAACGCUCGGGCAGCUGCGCCGGCUCUUCGGCGCUUCCUUCACCACUGUCCUCAAGUCCAUCAACCUGCUGUACAUAUCCCACCUGCACGCAGACCACCACCUGGGCGCCACCACGCUCCUCCGCGCAAAGCACCUGCUGAUGGAGCCGGGCGAGACCUUCUCGAUCGUCGCACCGGCGAUCUUCCAGACCUGGCUGGAGGAGUACUCCCUCGCCGAGCCGGGCAUGGCCACCAUCCUCAGCCGUGUAUCCUUCACCUCGUGUGAAUCGCUCCUCGCCGGCUCCGAAGGCUCCGCACCAACACUCCCGCACGUCACCAUCACCACCUCCCCCGCGCACCAUUGCCUCUCCUCCUUCACGGCGACAUUCACCAUCCCGCUCCCCCCCUCACCACCGUUUAUACUCUCCUACUCGGGCGACACGCGGCCGACCGCCGCAUUCGCGGCAAUGGGACAGGGCUCGACGGUACUGGUGCACGAGGCCACGUUCGGCGACGACAUGGCGGCGCAGGCGCGCGCAAAGAAACAUUCUACUGUUGGGGAGGCGCUCGGGGUUGCAGCGGAGAUGGGGGCGAAGGUGGCCGUGUUGUCGCAUUUUAGUCAGAGGUAUCCCAAGUUGCUUGGGGGGAGUGAAGGCAAGGGCGGAGGAAUCACGGUGACGGCGUUUGAUUGUUCGAGGAUACGCAUGGGGGAGGCGGGUAGGUGGACGGUGCUGAGGAGGGGGUUGGGGGUGCUUUAUAGUGAGGAGGAGGAGGCGUAGGGAAGUGC